AUGUGGAAAGGUUAUUUGAGUAUAUUUGGGGGUUUCCUAACCCAUCUUGUUACAGGUGGAUUUUAUUGUAUGCUUCAUUUAUGAGAGUAGUUUGGGGAAAUAUUUCCAUGAACGUGAGUUCUUACUAUCGUUUCAAUGGUUAUCCAGAUAUUGAAACAAAGACUGUUUCUGCAGUCUUUCCAGCCAUAUACUUUGGGAUCGCUAUAGGUAGUCAACUUGGCAUUCAUUUGGCUCGGCGUUUUGGUCAUAAGUUGGUUAGUGUAGCAAAUAUGUUGUGCUAUUGUGCAUCUAUGUAUGCAGCAACAUAUAGCAACUUUUACUUUUUUGUUUUCUUUUAAGGUUUAUUACCAGGGGUUUUCAUUGGAAUUGAGUACUUAAUUCCAGUAGACAAUGCAUUGAAAUUUUUUCCUUCAAAAAAAGGCAUGGUUACAGGAUUAAUACUUUGUGGAUUUGGAUUCACUCCACUUGUUUUUAAUCCAAUAUUAUAGAGGCUAUUAAAUCCAGACAAUAUUCUUCCUGUAAAUGGGUACUAUCCUGAAGAAGUUGCUGAAAAUCUGAUGAGCAGUUUAAGAAUCGUUACCACCAUUUAUCUAGGAAUGGGAUUGAUCGGAGCAUUUUUGAUGUAAUCAAUAAAAUAAAGUGACGAUCAUAAUGACGACACAUAUAAUCAGUAAACUUAAUUAAUAAUAUCAAUAGGAAAUUAAUCUAAAAUGACGCACAAGUUGGUGUAAAUUCUUAAUUUGAAAUUCUCAAGACAAAAGAGUUCUGGUUAAGUACUUUUUAGGUAUUUUGUUUAACUGGUUUUGGAUUCAUCCUUAUCUCUCAUUAUAAGGAGUUUGGUAUCGUUCAUAUACCAGAUGACUAAUUUUUUUCAUUGGUUGGUAUGAUAGGUGGAUUUACAAAUGGGUAACAGUAAUUCAUUAUGAAAAUAGGUUGUCUCGUUUCCUAUGGAGUUACUUGCUUGACUUUAUCAAUUACAAAUAUCUUGUAUUUUUCAACAUCAUAAUGGCUAUGACUUUGGCAGCAACAAUAAAUCUGAUUGCUGAUUCAAAAGUUCUAUUUAUGAUGUGGAUUAUAUUUACUUAUUUACAGUAUGGUGGUUUGUACACAUUGUUCCCUGGAAUAUGCACAAAAGUAUUCAUAUAUUAAGAUUAUAUAGUAAUUUGGUACAAAGUUCGGUCCUUUGGCAUUCAACAUGGCAUUUAAUAGCAUCCCUUUUUCAAAUUUGACUUAAUUUCUGUUAACGCUGUAUCUUCAUGACCAAUUCAUGAAUGGCCGGUUGUUUUACCUCUAUGUUAUAAUCAACUUUCUAGCUCUUGUUAUUUAAGUCUAUUUGCUAGUAACCGAAAGAUCGCGUAAAAAGUUAAGCAGCGUAAAUUAUACCGAAUGAAUUAUCUAAAAAAUAGUAAUGGCA